UAUUAUACAUCACUAGCGAAGAACCAUGGCAACAUCUACUUCCAUUGCUACUAAUACCCCCACCAUCACAGCUCUCCUAAUCCUUCUCCUCCUUCCCAAAUCAUAUUCUUCAGAGCUCUUAGCAGAUUGUGACUCUUCUGUCCCGGAAUCCGACGUGGACCUUUUGGAAUUUCCUCUAAAUUUAGAGUUCCUAGAAGCUGAAUUCUUCUUGUAUGGCUCUUUGGGUUAUGGCUUAGAUAUAGUUGCUCCAAAUCUAACCAAGGGAGGUCCGCCACCUAUUGGUGCUAGACGGGCAAAGCUGGACACUUUUACCCAGGAUGUUAUCAAGCAAUUUGCUUUGCAAGAAGUUGGACACUUGAGGGCAAUUCAAAAAAAAGUUCCUGGAUUCCCAAGGCCAUUAUUGGACUUGAGUGCAGCAUCAUUUGCAAAAGUGGUGAAUAGCGCAUUUGGACGACCAUUAAUCCCACCUUUUGAUCCAUACGCCAGCUCCCUCAACUACCUCCUCGCAUCCUACCUGAUUCCUUAUGUUGGACUUACUGGCUAUGUCGGAGCAAAUCCGAAACUCCAAGGUGCUACUUCCAAAAGGCUUGUUGCAGGCCUUUUGGGCGUGGAAUCUGGCCAAGAUGCAGUCAUUCGAGGAUUGCUAUACGAGCGGGCAACGAUAAAGGUGGCUCCCUAUGGAAUAACGGUGGCAGAGUUUACAAAUCGCUUCUCAGAGCUAAGGAAUAAGCUGGGACACAAAGGGCUGAAAGAUGAAGGCCUUGUGGUUUCACCAGGAAAGGGUGCGGAGGGAAAGAGUAUUGGGAACGUGCUUGCUGGAGACAGAGACUCGCUUGCAUAUGAUAGAACUCCGGAGGAGAUCCUGAGGAUUGUAUAUGGGGGAGGUGACGAGCAUGUACCUGGUGGUUUCUAUCCAAAGGGCGCUAAUGGCCGUAUUGCCAGAUCUCAUUUACAAGCUUAAAAGCUCUGCUGCUGCAAUUUUCACUUUUAUGUUUAAACCAUAUCAAUAUGCAUGCCCUCGGCAAAGGUGGCAAAUAAGUGAAUGAGGUUUUCCUG